ACACUCACUCCCCUCGCCCAUAUAUACUGGUUUCUGAUCCGGUCACAUCACUGGAGAGGAUACCGGAGAGAAAUCUGCCUUUUGAAAAUCCUACCACACCGCCGUGCAGCCAUGACUUCAGCUGGAGGACUCACAGGACUUUGGAUGUUGGCUUUUCUGACUCUUCAUGGUGCAAAUUUUGGAGAAACCCAAAGACGGCCCCUCAAUGAGAUUGACGUUCCUUUCCCACCCGCCCGUCCCACGGCCCAAAACCUGGCUGCCAUUUGCCAUCAGGGUCAGGGUCGACCCAGGUACCCGGCAGGCUUCUUCCCAAGAUCCGGCAGUAGCCACUACCAACGCCGUGGAAACGCCAUCAACCGUCUGGAGUCGUGGUACCAUUUGUGCUGCAGUGGCCAAGUGGCGCAGCAGAGUCACCAGAUCCUGUGCUGUGCCCAACAAGCUUGGAAACAAACUCUGUCUCAGUUCUGUGUGGAGGAAUAUUCCAUCAAGACAAUGCCAUACGAGUGCUGCAAGGGCAAAGGAGAUGCUCGGUGGACGUGCUUCGACAGCAAGCUGCCAAACCCAAACUACAGCCCAACACCAGGCUACACUGCUCCCAGCGUCCCCGAGGAGCCCGGAUUCACCUACAACAUAAAUACUUGCUAAAGUAAAGAUUAAAAUAAUGUGUUUAAUCCAUUUGGACAAAAAUAAAAAAAGUAUGGAAGAUAAUGCUGAGUUUACACUCUUUUCUGCAGGUUUUUGUUUGAGCUGCUCAGAAGAGCUCUUAAUAGCUAAACUAAAGAUUUCACCUGCUAUUUUAUGACUGAACACACAACUCUUUACAGUUUGGCAGCUUCAAAUAAGAGAAAUAAUAGUGAUUUUGAGACAAAAAUUUUCAGAUUAUUUUCAAUCCAUUCAUGUAAUAAAAAGUUCACACAUGUAAUAAAACACGUGUCCUCUAGGAUUCAUUGUUGCAUGUAAUAGGUGAGUGUGUGACAGAUCCUGAAUGACAAAAUCACAAAUAAACACUUUUAUGUCAAUUAAAGUAAAUGUAAAUGUUGUAUUGGAAUUUGCUCCAGACUACCCCCCCCGCAUUUCUUUUAAAAUCUACACUGCACUUUCUGUUUGGCAUCAAAAUAAAAGUGGGACAUACA